AUGGCGAAUUCCCAGCACCUCAUGGGCACCACUGACCUCAACCUCAUCGAGGCGCCUGUCACCUGGCGCGCAUACCUGAUCUGCGGCUUUGCCAGUUUUGGAGGAAUCCUGUUCGGCUAUGACUCUGGUUACAUCUCUGGCGUGCUUGGCAUGGAGUAUGUCAAGCAGAGCUUUGGUCAUGCCGUUGGUAAGAGCGUCGACGCUUCUGGAUAUAUCAUCCCCAGCGCGCGCAAGUCGCUCAUCACCUCAAUCCUGUCUGCUGGUACCUUCAUCGGUGCGCUGAUGGGUGGUGGCAUCUCUGAGAGCAUUGGCCGUCGUACCACCAUCAUGAUAUCUUGCCUCAUCUUCGCAGUCGGUGUGGCCGUCCAGGUUGGAACCAUCAACAUCAGUGGACUCGUGGCGGGCCGAUUCAUCGCUGGCUUGGGCGUUGGUGGCGUUUCUGCGACUGUGAUUCUGUACGUCUCUGAGAUUAGUCCUCGCAAGGUUCGUGGCCUUCUGGUCUCUGUCUACCAGUGGGCAAUCACCAUUGGCUUGCUGGUAGCAUCUGGCGUCGAUCAAGCCCUAAAGGACCGAACCGGCCGCUCCUCGUAUCGAAUCCCCAUUGGCUUGCAGUUCAUCUGGGCAGCAAUCCUCGCUGCUGGCCUCUUCUUUUUGCCCGAAUCUCCUCGGUACUACGUCCGACGUGACCGCAUGGACGAUGCUCUACGCUCCCUCGAGAGAGUUCGUGGCCAGCCUGGUUCGGACCCUGGCAUCCAGGCGGAACUAGCAGAGAUCAAAGCCAACUUCGAAUACGAAAAGCAGUUUGCGAGCACCUCCUGGGCUGAUUGCUUCCGGGGUGGCCUUUCUGCCCGUGGAAAUCUUCGCCGAGUGAUUGCCGGGACUUGCCUGCAGAUGUUCCAGCAGUCGACGGGCAUCAACUUCAUCUUCUACUAUGGAACCACCUUCUUCCAGCAGGUUGGCAUGAACAAUCCUUUCCUGAUGUCAACCAUCAUGAAUGUCGUCAACGUUGCCACUACCCCUGCGUCGUUCUACAUGAUCGAGAAAUUUGGACGUCGUACUUUGCUGCUCUGGGGUGCUUGCUCGAUGUGCCUCUGCGAGUUUCUCGUUGCCAUUGUGGGCGUUACGGACGCCUCGGGUCGUACAUCGAAUCUCUGUCUGAUUGUCUUCACUUGUUUCUACAUUGCAUCUUUUGCGACCACUUGGGGUCCCGCAGCUUGGGUGGUAAUUGGCGAGAUCUAUCCUCUCCCGAUCCGAGCCAAGGGAGUCGCGCUCGCCACGGCCUCGAACUGGCUUUGGAAUUGUAUCAUCGCCGUUGUUACCCCGUACAUUGUUGACAAGGACAAGGGGAACCUGGCGGCCAAGGUGUUUUUCGUCUGGGGCAGCGCACUCGUGCUGUGUUUCUUGUUCGCCUUCUUUUUCAUUCCCGAGACCAAAGGGCUCACGCUGGAGCAAGUCGACAAGAUGCUUGAGGAAUCUACCCCCAUGACCAGCUCCAAGUGGAAACCUCAUGACACCUUUGCGCAGGAAAUGGGGAUGGCAGAGAAGCAUGAGGCGCCACCUGUCGUCGAGCAAAAGUCCAUUCCUGUGGCAGAGCAGGCCGAGGCGGUUUAG